UGAGUGCAUGACAUUUGUCUGCAUUGGGAGUAAUAAACAUUUUCAUUACCUCGUUAUGUUAGUGGUGCUUACUGUCAGUGAAGCAAUAUCGCAAGGUAGCUGAAGUACACCAAGCAACAAAGCCAAUUAGCUACUAAAGGAGAAGCACACACACACAUGACUGACCCUUCAAUCAAACGUAUUGUCAAGGGGUAUUCACUGCUUACGAGUAAUUAGGAGAUCCUGUGCAUGAUACCAUCGAUUAUGCAAAAGACCACAUCUGGCAUCAUCCAAAGGCCUUCUGCUUGAUUGCAGAAAAUGAACUAGCACUCCGAGAAGCUAGCAAAGAUCAGACGUACCAUUCCCCUUGAAGGACCUCUCAUACACUGAUGCAUUGUAGUUGAGAUUUCCGGUAGACCUGCAUUUUUAAAAGACUGAGAGUGUUUAAAACUUUUGCAAAACAUUGCUGUAGUCAUUUUGAAGGAGGUGAACUUAAGCACUGACUUAGCAAUCGGAUCCAGACAGUCAUACUUAGUCAUGGCUGAUUUUGCUUCUGAGGCAACUGUGACAUAUACUGAAACUGUGGACUAUGUAGACAGUAGCUAUGAGUGGGUGAUCACAAAUAAUAUGACAGAGACUGAGACCGUAGAAAUCACGGUAGCCACCGUUUUGCUGAGCAUUGGACUGGGCAUCAUCAUCAUUGGGACAAUCUUCGGAAAUGCGUUGACGCUCACCGCGAUCUCCAGACAUCGCCCCCUCCAAACACCCCAGAACCACUUGAUAGCAUCCUUGGCUGUGGCUGAUCUGAUGGUGGCCAUUCUGGUGAUGCCUUUGAGCUUGACGAAAGAGAUAGUGGUAGUCUGGAUAUUUGGCCCCAUACUCUGUGAUGUGUGGAUCUCACUGGAUGUUCUCCUGUGCACCGCCAGUAUCCUCAGCCUCUGUAUGAUAUCCCUUGAUCGAUUCUGGGCCAUCACAAAGCCCAUCAAGUAUCCAAAGUACCGGACAGCGCGGACCAUGGUGAUCCUCAUCGCCUUAGCCUGGUUCCUCUCUAGUAUCAUUGCUACCUCGCCAUUCUUCGGCUGGCGUGGCAACCAGAGCAUCGACGCUUACACCUGUCAGAUUAGCCAGAAUAUAGCCUACACCAUCUUCUCCACCUUUGGUGCCUAUUUCAUCCCUAUGACAAUCAUGAUGAUCGUCUACGCGAGAAUAUAUUGCGAGGCACGUAAGAGAAUCCGUGGUAAGACAUUCAACAGGGGGUGUCAGCCCUUAAACAGCGCUGUGAAUUAUCGUGAAACUACAAACUAUGGCGAUAGAAAAGAUUCUGAGGAGUUGAAUAAAUCUCCUACUGUCAAAUGUGAUCCAGCGUCUGACAAUAACAAAGGAGGAGGCGUCUUUGAUGGAUCAACCUUGUCUCACAGCACGCACACUUCAUCAGCUCCAAACCUUCAGAAUCAACACAAAGUGGGUGAGGAGGUUAAGAAGGAUACCUUUGUAACGUCACUGACUGUACCAGGGCAGCACCAAGCAACCUUUACCUCAACAUCCCUCCGCGAAAUCAACUCCAACGAGAGUCCGUCUUCUCAACGAAGUCUCCUCUCAUCCCCAAGCCCCCUACCUGGUCAGAUUCAGGAGAGGGAACGAAGGAGACGCGCAACGGCUACUGCCAAAGAGCAUCGCGCUACCAAAACUCUUGGAAUUGUCACUGGAGCCUUUCUGGUGUGCUGGCUACCAUUUUUUCUCCAUGCACUUAUUGUGCCCCUAUGUGGUGAAUCAUGCAACGUUCCUCGGUCGCUGGAAAGCAUCUUCCUUUGGCUUGGUUACUUCAAUUCCAUGCUUAACCCCAUCAUAUACACUAAAUUUAACAGAGACUUCCAGAAGGCCUUCAAGAAACUUCUGCAUUGUAAAGAGAGCAAAUCUCAAUCCUUUUGAGGACAGCUUCUUACAAAUCUUCAGCGUAUCUGUGUUAAGUCUUGCACACCUAAAGGAAAUGCCUCACUUACCAUUGACGCGACUACGUGCAUUAAUUUUGCCAUGGACCAACAGUGCUCAUUAUCAAAAGACAUUAUGAAGAGCAUUUUAAAAAAGGAAAUUUCUUCUGAUCAACAAAUGAGUAAUGAAUGAGGAAGGGUUGCUCUAACUUAAAGGACGAUCACAAUUUACCCAAACGAAUGAAAUUUCUUGUGUUCCUGAGACAAUGAAACGAGAGGAAGGUGGCCUUUCUCAAUCAAAGUUAUUUAUCCAAGUAGGUACACGAUAGACACUCUGAUGUAUAUGUGUUAUCAUUGCAAUGACCAGACUGAGAAAAUACUUGGCCAUGUCCAAUGUAUCACAAAUGUGAUGAGCAAAAUGUGGAUUGAAUUUUUUUCUUCACUUGAUCGAGAGACUUCCAAUAAUCAGGAAAUGCCUGAAUACAAAUGAAUGUAGGUCAGAGCAUCGAGAAUAUGACCAUGAAAUGUGUUUAUACAUGUAAGAACAUAUACUAUGAUUUGAAAGUCUCUUAAUCGUUAUUCUGACAUGUUUCUCGUUGCAUAUGUUAUGUCAGUUUCUUGCCUGAGAGAAUGAAUGAAAUAUUAGAGCUUUAUAGUGAAUUAUGGCUGUAUUAUUGCCACGAAUAGAGAAUGAAAGAUAAGCAAACAAACAUUAUUAACUUCCUCUAUGAACAUUCUUGACAUUGAAGAUCAUAAUGUUAUGCAUCAGACAUUGAUAUUUAUUUUAAGUAUCAACUUCUAUUCAUUUUGCUCUUGUACAUGCACCUGGUAUAUUUCAUAUUUGUGGAGCUCUGAAUCGAAAGUCAUUAUUCCAAAGAGGGAGAGGUUUAGGUUUAGUCUCCUUUUAUUUAGUUCACAGUUAAAUUGUUUAUAUGACAAUUGUGCUUCCACAUCAUUAAUAUAUUGACAGAUCAUAAUACAGGUAACAUAUUAAUACUCCUUAUUCUAAUGAUCGAUAUUCACAUGUUGCCCAUGAAGUUGGAAUACAUUUUGUUAACCCUUCUUCAUAAACGAUAGUGACAAUUUAAUUUUCUUCUUUAUAAAUAAAUAUUAUGUCUUCUCAGAACUUAAUGAUCAAUCUAUACGACUCUUUAGAUUAAUCAUUCAAGUUCCGACAAGAUUUAAACCUUAUUUAACAAGAUUAUCUCAUAUUGUCACUCUCGUUUAAAAAAAAGGUAAAAUAAAAUCUAUUCAAAUUUUAUAGGAAACAGUCUAUAUAUGUAAUGGUGUAAUUUCUAAAAGAAAGCGCAUUUCAUUAAAUACUAAAAUAAGAAAAUAUCAUUCUGAUGUCAAGGGAGAUGUUAGUCUUGUAAAUACAGAUGUAAAUAAAAUAUAAAAUAGUAUAUCUAUAUAUUAUUACAGCACAUCAGUACUGUUCUUGUUUUUUCCAAACAAUGUAAUUAAAAUGGACCAUCUUGCUCUUAAAAGAUAUCUUUAUUAGGUCACAAUGCUGUAAAGGCCUCAUAUGAAUAAUAUGUAUCAUAAUUUUACACAUAUUUUCAGCACAAAUACUUUUCACCACCCCCAUUAUACAUUUCUGGAUAUUGUGAAACUUUAACUGUGAAAUUGUGAAACUGAUCAUUUUCUACAUCAUAUAGUUAUAUUUCCCCUUUUUAAAUGACAUGAAUAUUUUUUUUGUUCAAUGCAAGAGCUCUACAUGUACACCAAUGUUCUUACAGUUCCACCAUGUGUAUCCAAAUGGUGAACAAAUUGUUAUAAUUUUGAUUCUAUUAAUUUACUUAUUCAUUUCUUUGAUCAGGUCUCUACUUUUAACCAAAGCUCUGUAAGCUGGUUUGCCAGAACUUAUUUGGUACUUGAUAAACUGGAUACAAUUUGUCUGUUUUCUAUUA